UUAAUCCCUAAGCAUAUUCUCUCUCCAUCUCUUUCAGUAUCACACACACAUUCUCUCUUUCUUGAAUCGCACAAAUCUAGACUGUCUUACCCACUUCAAUCGCGCCAAUUCCUACUUGUUCAGCUCCUCAAUCGCAGAUCCAAACCACGGAUCUUUGUUGGUACUGCCUAGUCUCCAUGGAGGUGGCUGUGGCAAUAGCUUUGAGUGGCAGUGGCCUCUCUCAGUCUGUUUUGAUUUGAUAUCACCUAGUCAACUGAAGCAUGAAGAUCUUAAUAGAGGACUUGAGCACGAUGAACUUUAGAGAAUAUAUUUUCAGCGAAUUUAUUGCUUUGCACAUUUCUUCUUCUGGUGCGUGGUUCUCAUAAGCCCCUGUCAGAAGCUACUUGAAUCUGCAGGGGUCAACCAAGAUAUUCUUAGUUCUAACUCCUUGGGGAAUCUGUGGCCCCAUUGUAAGCUUGCUGAUUAUAAAAUAGGAUGAAUCUUUUAUGAGAUGUAUAUAAAUAAAACCAUCCCUGUUUGCACAUCUAUCAAGUAACCAGAUGGAUAUUCGCACAGCUAUCAGUCGGUAUCAUCAGUCAAAUGAUUGAAUGUUGAUGGGGUGGUUUUCCAGCGGCUACUGCAUCAGAUGAGUUGUAGGAACUCUAUUAUGCUUGAUCAGCACAGCAAUGGGCAUUCUCCUUACAGUUUUUCAAGGGCCAUUGCUAUUGUUCUUUCUAUUGCUCUGCUGUCUGGUGAACAAAUUCCAAGGUCUCACUACUGAUGGUGAAGCUCUUGUUAAUUUCCGAACAAGCAUUAUUAGUUCGGAUGGCCUGCUUCGUCAAUGGAGACCAGAGGAUCCUGACCCAUGUGAGUGGAAAGGGGUAACAUGUGACUUGAAGACCAAGAGAGUUGUAUAUUUGAAUCUUUCAAAUCACAAACUAAGUGGACCUGUAUCACCAGAUAUUGGAAAGCUAGAUCGUUUAAGAUUUUUGGAUCUUCAUUACAACAACUUUUAUGGGGCAAUUCCUCCAGAGUUGGGAAAUUGUACAGAGCUGCAAGGAUUAUUUUUGCAGAAUAAUUACUUCAGCGGGAUUAUUCCUACUGAAAUAGGGAAUCUUUCGAAGCUUCAAACAUUGGAUGUCUCUAGCAACUCUCUUAGUGGAAGUAUUCCCACAUCACUUGGGAAUUUGAGGAACCUUUCAAUAUUCAACGUCUCCAACAAUUUUCUGGGCGGGCCAAUCCCAUCAGAUGGUGUUCUUGACCAAUUCGGAACCAACUCUUUUCUUGGAAACCGUGGCCUGUGUGGUAAGCAUAUCAAUCAGUUGUGCAAAGAUGACAAUGGAGGUUCAGCAGGCCCGCAGCCCCCAGGAAACCAGAGUGCGAAGAAGAACUCUGGACGGUUACUUAUAAGUGCUUCUGCAACUGUGGGUGCAUUGCUUCUGGUUGCACUUAUGUGUUUCUGGGGUUGUUUUCUUUACAAGAAACUUGGUAAAAAUGAUGCCAAAGGUCUUGCAAUGGAUGUCAGUGGAGGUGCAUCCAUUGUGAUGUUCCACGGAGACUUGCCAUACUCUUCGAAAGAUAUUAUCAAGAAGUUGGAAACGUUAAACGAGGAGCAUGUGAUUGGUGCUGGAGGCUUUGGAACAGUAUACAAACUGGCAAUGGACGAUGGAAGUGUAUUUGCUUUGAAAAGAAUAGUGAAGUUGAACGAGGGAUUUGAUCGUUUCUUUGAGAGGGAGCUCGAAAUUCUUGGAAGCAUUAAGCAUAGAUAUCUAGUGAAUUUACGAGGAUAUUGUAACUCUCCAACAUCAAAAUUGUUAAUCUAUGACUAUUUAUCGGGUGGCAGUCUAGAUGAAGCUCUCCAUGAAAAAGCUGAGCUACUAGAUUGGGAUGCUAGGCUUAACAUCAUCUUGGGAGCUGCAAAAGGGUUGGCUUAUUUGCAUCAUGAUUGUUCCCCUAGGAUCAUACACCGAGAUAUAAAAUCAAGUAAUAUUUUGCUUGACGGAAAUUUAGAGGCUCGAGUUUCAGACUUUGGGCUUGCAAAAUUGUUAGAGGAUGAGGAAUCUCACAUAACAACCAUUGUAGCUGGAACAUUUGGGUAUCUGGCUCCAGAAUAUAUGCAGAGUGGUAGAGCAACAGAGAAGACAGAUGUUUAUAGUUUUGGUGUACUUAUGCUUGAAGUUAUAAGUGGGAAGAGGCCCACUGAUGCAUCCUUCAUUGAGAAAGGCCUUAAUAUUGUUGGCUGGUUGAAUUAUUUAAUAACAGAAGAUAGGCAACGUGAGAUCAUCGAUGUAAACUGUGAAGGAGUUGAGUCAGAAACCCUCAAUGCUCUGCUUUCGGUCGCGAUUCAAUGUGUGUCUUCAACCCCAGAAGAUCGACCCACCAUGCACAGGGUGGUUCAAACACUUGAAUCCGAGGUUAUGACUCCAUGCCCAAGUGACUUCUAUGAUUCCACGUCCGAUUAAAAAUACCAAAUCAAAACGGGUUUGUGUUUUCAUAUUAUGCCACCAUCUACUGCUUUGUGUAACAGAGAAUGUUGCAAAAAAGCACAGGGUUAAGAAGCUUUGUUGGUCUGCCAAAUUUGUUUUCGGCUUGAAACUUGAUUCUUCGAGCAGAUCGACACCUUUCUAUCUUUGCACAUUCUCCUCAAGAUUUGGAAGCUCCGUCUACAAAAAGUGUCUUUCGUUUGCAGUAGUUAUGCUCGGUUUUCUUGCCUCUGUGAUUAUAUUUUUGGCUUGUCAUAUUGAAAAAUGCAUCGUUCUUCGUCCAAAUGUAUAUGAUGCUAGUUUUAACUGAUUUUAUGUCACACUUUAUCUUGUCCAUGCUCUUUUUGUAUCAUAUGUUUCUUGUUUUAAUCGAGAUUAAGUUCUUUUUUGUCGU